AGGCAGUUUGUGAACGGCGAUGCGAGAAUGUACGAGGAGGAACAGCGUCGCACAGCAGCUAAGCAGCACUCAACCAGACUUCUCACUCCUCCUCCAGCCAAGAAGCAACAGCUGCAUACAACACACUCACAGCAAGAGGUUAAUCCUGGCAACAGUACUUGAUUUAAAAAACUUUUCUUGGCUCUUUUAG